AUGUAUAAAAUACAUGAACAACUUGAAACAACUGAAAAAUUCGACUUUUUAACACCUACUCGUUAUUUGAUUCGUGAGGAUACGUUGAAGGAGUUGACAGAGGAGAAGGAUAAGAUUGCAGGAAAGAGUCAUUACUUUUUGUUUAACGAUAUUAUUAUGAGAACAAAGAAAGAUAAGAAAUCGAUCAAGUUGGAAACACUGUUUGUCAUUGCUUCGACGACGAUCACCGAUAAUGAAUCACGUGGAAACACCAGUUUCUGUAAUACAUUUGAAUUGGCACAGGUCGGUAGUGCCGGUAGAAAAUUCACUCUCGUUUGCGACACCUACGAACAAAAGAUGGAGUGGAUGACCGAUAUCGAACAACUAAUUCGUCCAUUCCAAGAGGAAUACACAAAAGAAUAUGAAAAGCUAUUAGAUGAUUUCGAUCCAAGUAAAUUCAAGAGAAGUACAAUUGCAACUGGAAAUCCAUCUGCUGUUGAUAGUUCACCGAAAUCACUGAUGCGCUCCGCUACUUCCAGUGGAUUGUCGACUAAACACUUGCCGGCAGUACCAUCGAAACCGUUACCUCCACCACCACCAUCACACAAAUCCAAUGUAAAUCUAAUAAGAAGUGAAUCAAAAUCGAAUUUGAAUGAUAACAACUCUGCAAAUACCACUCCAAACGCUGCAUCUCCUAGAACUUCUGUUGCCAAUGUCAGUAGUUCCACCGAUAGUCCUGCGACUACAACAACUCCAAGUUCAAGACCACCAUCCAUCUCCCCAAGAUCAUCGUUAACUCCACCUUUAGAAACAUCUCCAAGAACUUCAUUACAUUUAACAACAACAACAACUACAACGACAACAUCAUCACCAACAACAACUGCAGAAGCAACAACAACUACUGCUGCAGCCAUUUCUAAAGCACCACUACCUUUUAUUGUUAAACCAAAGCCACCAGUGACAUUGCCAAGAAAAUCACUAAACUCAACCAACUCACCUGUAUUAUCUUCAUCUGAACAAUCGACACCGGUACUCAAUCCGACUACCACCUCCACACCCAACAUUCCAGUUUCCACACCACUUCAAAAACUACCACCCAGAACAACAGAAUCAUCGAUAUCAUCACCAGCAUUCUCAAACUUUAAACCUGCACCAAAUGUUGGUGGCAGACCACUACCAAAUCCUGCCAACAUGAAACCAAGAGCUCUUCCACAUCCAACAACAACAUCGUCAUCACCAUCAUCCGCCAAUACAACACCAACACACUCACCGUCACUACAAUCAACUAAUAACAAUGAAUCAACGGCAACAACAACAACACCAUCACCACCACCAAAGACAACAACAACACCAACAACAUCAUCACCAUUGGUAUCAAGUCCGUCAGUCAAUAGUUCGGCGUCGUCAACACCACCACCUGUUGCACCACGUCCUAUUGCAUUCCCAAAGUCAGCUGCUGCAUUGAAGAAUGUAGUACCUUCACCAGUAUCUAGAUCCUAUUCGACUCUGCCAUCUAGCUCAUCUAGUUUCUCACCACUGUCACCGUCAUCACCCAAUAGUACAGCACCAGCAAAAGACGACAAUCAACUACCAGCCAAGAAAACAGUUGCACCCGUUCUUCCACCAACUCAAAACAUCAACAAACUACCACCAAAGACAGUAACAACAGCACCAGUAAUUCCACCAAGAUCUUCAGCUCCAUCAACCACCGAUUCAUCAUCCAACAAACCACUUCCAACACCUCCACCAACAAGCAAACCUGUACCACCACCAAGACGUUAA